AUGAAACGUAUUAUUACUGGCGAAGAGUCUGGGAUCUAUGAUUACGAUCCGGAAACAGACGAUCACUCGGCCGAAUAUUGUGACAAAGGCGAUUCGAAACCACAUCAAAGCAGAAUUUUUGCACACAAUCUCAGCACGCUGGAUACGUUGGGGUUUAAAUACUUCCAUCAGCGGAAAAUGGGCACAGGUGAUCGCCUGCUGGACAUACCGUGCAAAGUGUGUGGCGAUCGAAGUUCGGGCAAACAUUACGGCAUCUACAGCUGUGAUGGUUGCUCGGGCUUCUUUAAGCGCAGCAUUCAUCGAAAUCGCAUCUACACCUGCAAAGCCACGGGCGAUCUAAAGGGUCGCUGCCCCGUCGACAAAACUCAUCGCAAUCAGUGUCGUGCCUGCCGUCUGGCGAAAUGCUUUCAAUCGGCAAUGAAUAAAGAUGCCGUACAGCAUGAGCGCGGACCGCGUAAGCCCAAACUGCAUCCACAACUGCACCACCAUCACCCCCAUCAUCCGCACCAUCAUCAUCAUCAUCACCAUCACAACGGCAUGCCGCAUCAUCAUCCCGGCCAUCAUCUGCCCGUCUCACUGGUCACCAAUGUGUCGGCUUCCUUCAAUUACACUUCACACAUUUCCACCCACCCUGUGCAGGGUUUCCAACCACCAGCACAUCCGACCGCCUUCCAUCAUCCCGGACAUGCGCUGGCGCAGCAUAGCGCUUUACAAAAUGGCGCCGUUGCCGUGCCACCACAUCCCCCAUUGCCAUUUCCACCGCAUCUUUUGCCGCAUAUGCAUCACAAUCUCAUUGCGGAGGCCACCAGCAAAUUGCCCAACAUUUCGGCCGCUGCGACAGCCACAACAGCCGCCACGCUUGUGGGUGCGGUGAAUGCUGCGGCGGCAGCCGGACAGCCACAAGCAACGAAGCAUUUGCCGCUGUCACUUACCACCGGCAUGCCCACUUAUGACCUGACAAAUAGUGGCGGUUCCUCCGGUGCGGCUAGCGGUGGCGCUGCCAGCACCACGAGCUUGGAGUUCUAUGCAAAGUCAACCGUCACGACACACAACUAUUCGUCGCCGUCGCCAACGCCUUCCAUACAGUCCAUAUCGAGUAUUGGCGGUCGCAGCUCGUUGGGCAGCGAGAGUCCGCGUGUGAAUGUGGAGACCGAAACACCAUCAGCAACACCGCCUUUGUCGACUAGCGCCUCACCGGCGCCCUCGCUGACGAACACUAAUGUCACUGGUGGACCGGCCUCGCCGAUUAUCAAUAUCAACUGCAAUAGUAAUAACAACAAUAAUAGUGAGUCCCUGGACAACAACAAUGAUAACAGCAUAAACAAUCAGAAUUGUAAGCCGAGUAGCGGUGGCAGCGGCAGUUUGACUGCCAGCAGUGGCACGCCAUCACGUUCGACGCCGCUCUCCAGCCAUUCGCCACCAGCUCAUCACAGCGUUGCUGGCAUUUCUAAUAGCUCCAGCUCGUCAGCCGCUGCUGCGGCGAGUCAGGCUGCGGCGCUCUAUGCAGCGCGUCAAAAUGGUUUCCUCGAACUCUUACUCAGCCCCGAUAAGUGUCAAGAGAUCAUACAAUAUCAAGUGCACAAUUCAAUACUAUUUCCGGCGCUGCCACAACAAUUGAUUGGCGUGGACUCGCGUCUGUUGUCGUGGGAAAUGCUGCAGGAAACUACUGCACGUCUACUCUUCAUGGCUGUGCGUUGGGUUAAGUGCUUGAUGCCUUUCCAAACGCUUACUAAGAAUGAUCAACAAUUAUUGCUGCAGGAAUCGUGGAAAGAGUUAUUCCUACUCAACCUUGCACAAUGGACGAUUCCACUUGAUCUCACACCCAUACUCGAAUCACCACUCAUCAAAGAACGCGUACUCCAAGACGAAGCCACACAAGUGGAAAUGAAGACCAUACAAGAGAUACUCUGUCGCUUUCGUCAGAUCGGGCCAGACGGUAGUGAGGUCGGCUGCAUGAAAGCGAUCGCACUCUUUGCGCCGGAAACAGCUGGACUCUGCGAUGUGCAACCCGUCGAAAUGUUGCAAGAUCAAGCGCAAUGCAUACUCUCCGAUCAUGUGCGCCUGCGUUAUCCACGACAAGCGACACGUUUUGGACGUCUACUGCUGCUGCUGCCAUCCUUGCGUACCAUACGUGCCGCCACAAUCGAGGCGCUCUUCUUCAAGGAGACCAUUGGCAAUGUGCCGAUAGCGCGACUCUUAAGGGACAUGUAUUCCAUGGAGCCGGCGCAGGUGGACAACAAAUAAAGUGGGUAGGCAUUAGAGAGGUGUUGAAGUUGGUUUCUCGAGCAUAACUGUAGUGCUAAUGUGAGCACUAAAACCAAUAAGAUUUGACACGAAGUGGACAUUGAAGCCGGUCAUGACUCCUGGUGCUCUUCUUCGAUAUCGCAGGUAACUCGAGCUCCUGCUGUUCUUCCCACUGAUGUUGUUACUGCUGGUACUGAGCUCUUUUUAUUAUUAUUGUUGCAUUCAGCUUCCAUUGGCCUUACAUGUGUAUGCAUGCGAGUGGCCGCGCCCAGCUGUCGAAUUUCACAUCGCUUCCGCGCUCUGCUUCUUCUUCCGCUUCCAGCUGUAACCACGCUGAUAUUUUAUGUUGAUAUGACACACUAGUUGUUGUUGCUGUUGCCAUACUAACUACGAAUGCUGUAACUGUAUUUUUCUAAUGUUGCAACGUCGCAUUGCCAAGCGCUCACCGUACGCAUGUGUGCGCGUGUGUGUAAAUAAGGAAGUAACGGUUAAAUAAAAAUAUAAGCUUUGUAUAUAGGUGUUUAUGUGUGUGUGUGUGUGUGCGCUCGAGUGCUAGCAAAUGAUUUAUUCCGCUGGCAAUUGCUUUAUUUGCUUUCCAUUCGACAUUUUGCCCGCGACCUAUACCGCGAGCGCCGCGUUUUUUACCGUUAGCUGUUACUUUUGAUCUUUUUUCUGUUCC